CAGCCAAUAGUCGAAUGCAUACUAGACAAAAUGGCCGUCCUGUCACUGACAACCUGUUUGAUGUUGGUCGUUAUUACGCUGGUGGCUUGCAUUGGUUUGCUGCUUGCUGCGUUUGUUCUAUUCGUCCAUUAUCAACACCUCAAAUAUGCCCACAUUCCAUCGCCACCCAGACGAGGAUUCUUUAACGGUCAUAUGGACUUAAUAUCUUCCUAUAAAAAGAGGAAUAUGGCAAUCGCAGAAGCAUUUGCUGACAUCAUGCGAGAGUGUGGUCCAGUGUUUCACAUCUUUUUCUACUUCAGCCCGAUGGUGGUGGUUCUUGAGUCCGAUUUCGUAAAGGACAUUCUGUGCACGUCCACACAUCAGAAGCCGUCCUCUAUUUAUAGGAUUUUCGUCCGGGUUUUUGGGACGAGAUUCCUUGGCUCGGGGAUUGCAGCAGAUACCAACCCUGUCACCCACGAUGCCAAAAGAGCACUCCUCAACCCUGCAUUCCACAGAAACGGAGAAAAGAUGAACUUUCUCUUUACGCAUUGGUUUCGUGACUUCCAAGGUUUAAUGUGUUUAUCCAGAUACCUUCAGGGUAUGAUGCGGCAGUUCAAUGCAGGAGCCGAUGUCUUGAUUGACAAGCUGAGCCACAAGGCUGAUGGUAAGACGAAGGUCGCCAUGUUGGAUGAGUUCAACAGAACCACUCUGGAUGUCAUUGCUAAGGUUGCUUUCGGGAUGGAUCUCAAGGCCACACGUGAUGAUAAGUCGAUAUUCAACCAAGCGAUUACGAUGAGCUUCAGGGGAUUGGCCGUCGCUAUGACUUCCCCUAUGACCGAGAUCAAUCCAUUUCCAGCUGCCAGGAAAAUUAAGAACGAAGUCCGGGAAAGCAUCAGGUUCCUUCGGGAGACAGGACGUCGAUGCAUCGAGGAGAGACUACGAGCCAUUGAGAAACAGGAGGAGGUGCCCAACGACAUACUGACGCACAUCCUGAAAGAAAUUGACCAGUUGAAGGGGGACGGGCAAUUCGAUAUGGAAGGUUUGGUGGAUGAGUUUCUAACGUUCUUCAUCGCAGGUCAAGAGACAACUGCCAAUCUCCUUAGCUUCACUUUGUUGGAACUUGGUCAUCACCCUGAGAUCAUGCACAGGCUGAAGACUGAAGUGGAGGCCGUUUUGGGGGACAAGGAAUAUCUGGAGUACACUGACAUCAGUCAACUCACGUAUAUGAUGCAGGUGUUCAAAGAGGUCCUUCGGCUGUGGCCACCAGUAACCGGGACUAUGAGGGAGAUGGCUGGUGACGUCAAUGUCAAAGGUUACAAGAUACCUAAAGGAAGCAUGGUUAUGGUCAACACCUACGUUAUGGCAAGAAUGGAGGAGUAUUUUCACGACCCAUUGCAGUUUGAUCCCGAUCGCUUCAAGGCCAGUGAUGACAAACCACAAUAUGCAUAUUUUCCCUUUUCACUGGGACGCCAUAACUGCAUUGGCCAGCAGUUUGCAUUGAUCGAGGCUCGAGUUUUAUUGGCCAGAUUGCUUCACAAGUUCAACUUUGACCUGGUGCCCGGACAAGCUCACGAGAUACUAGACGAGGUCACUCUGAAACCGAUGGGCAGAUGCAGGAACUACUUACGACUUGCGGAAUAGAACUUUCGGAGCUCAAAAACAGUCGCAUAUCUCACAGUUAUAACAAUGACUCAACAUAAGAAUACGUAACGUUUUAUAGUGAUAUAUUAGGUUUGAGGAAGAAUUUGUACUGAGACCGGAGCUUGAAUUUGAAUCAGUAGUCUGUAGUUUAAUAAAUAUUGUUAGACCAAACAUCACAGUGCGGCAAGCACCACUAGCACGUACUUUAGAAGUAUAUUUCAUAAGUUCCAUUAAGUACUCUUAAGGUUUGGUAAUUUUUAAGCUGUGAUUUUAUACUAUUUCACGUUGAUAACCGGUAAAGGAUUUUUCUGUAUAAUCGCAUUUUGUUUUUAGUUCAAGAAGGGUAGUAAAUAAAGAAGCAUAGGUUAUAUUCCUUUAUGGUUGUUUUUAAUGGUUGAAUAACUGUCCAAACUAUAUUAGACGUGGUGAUAUUUAAAACCAGUUUCGGUCUCUAUUAGCUAAACAAUCCGUAUGUUGUCAAGACAUGACUUGCACUGGACGAUCCCUCCGUAGUACCGUUUGUGGUGGUUAGGUGGGUAAAGUUACAGUCUAGCCUAGUAUCUACAAGAUUGCACCUUUUUUGUCGCCACAACAGUGAAUUUAUCCACUGUUAUCAAAACUUUAAGGUGCAUAUUUUAAGUCCUAAAUGUACAGAACUUUAUGUCCGAUUGGGUUGAAUCUUAGUAUGUUGGUAGACCGGGAUGUGUUAUAGGUUAAAUUACGUCAUGAUGACGUCGUCGUAGGACAUCUGACCCCAUCUGAAACGUACAUGAUAUUUUCAAGUCCUAUAUGCAGAGAAAUGCGAGUGCGAUUGGGUUCAAACUUGGUAUGUAUAGUAGACCGGAAUGUGGAUUAGGUAAAAGGUGACGUCAGGAUAUACUAUCACCGUGUGUGUUUUUUAAUGAUUUUUAAAUUUUAGAACUUUACAGUCAUGUCUCACAAACAGAACAUGCUAAAUUCAAUAUUAUUUUGGUAAUAGGUCUGCUAUUUGCACAAAAAGAAUAAGUCCCAUCCUCCUUGAAACUUGGUGUGUUAAUAGAUACUGCUACUAGUAUGUAAAAUUGGAAGUGACGUCAUGAUGAUGUCAUCAAUUAAUUCUUAUAUGUAUUUUCAAUUGGUAUAAUUUGUUCAGCUCUCAUAAUUAGGCAUAAAAUAAUAUUGGAUUGACUUUAAACUAUGCAAAGACAAAUACUCCACACCAAAGUUGGUUCUAGACAAGUGACGUCAUGAUGACCUAAACAUGGGUCAUGUGAUGUCAUCUUAAAAGUGCAUGUUUUUUAGAUUUUAUAUAGUGUACUGAUAGUCAGAUUGGAUUAAUUUGUAAUACGUACCUAGAUACGGGUGUGUUAUAAUAAAUAUACGGGUGUGUUAUUAUAAAUGUUAAUGACAUAAUGACUUAACGAUGUGAAUUGAUGAUUUGUUUAUUUUUAAACCUAAGACAUAUCUCAAAACCAGAUCAUCCUAAAUUCAAAGUAAGGUUGUUAAUACGUUAGGUGAUAAAUAUUUGCACGAAGAAUGACAAAUGUGUAUCGUCGUGAUGACUUCAUCAAAACAAAAUUCACUAUUUGAAAACACGUGUAAGGGAUGGGUUGAAUCGUCAUAAAACUCGGUGGGUAGAAAAUGGUUCUAGUAUAAGAUUUUAUUUAGAGAGCAUUG